AUGGCGGCGGCCGCGCUGAGGCGCCCGGCUGAGGAUUAUGUGACCUUUGAUGAUGUUGCUGUGUACUUCUCCUGGGAGGAAUGGAGGCUCCUUGAUGAGGCCCAAAGACACCUGUACCAUGAUGUGAUGCUGGAGAAUUUUGCACUUACAUCCUCUCUGGGUUGCUGCCAUGGAGCAGAGGUUGCAGAGGCACCCUUGGAAUGGAGUGUUUCUAUAGGAGUGUCACAGUCUUGA